AUGCUUCUCUCCUUGGCACUGCUUCCUGUUGUUCUCAGCGCCGCAGUGCGCCCGCGAGGAUCAGGGCUGAGAAACAUCAAAAAUGUCGUGGUCUUGGUACAAGAGAAUUUAUCUUUCGAUCACUUCGCCGGUGGUCUCAUUUACGAUGAUAAGAUUGACGGAUUGGUGGGCCGUGAAUACUGUAACCCGGCCAAUGUGUUACACUCACGUUCCUCUCAAGUCUGCGCCCGCAACGAAGCGGCAAAUAUCGCGACAGAUGAUCCAAAUCAUAGCAUUUCGGGGAUCAACAUGCAGAUCUUUGGCACGUACCAUCCGCUUGCACGGGCUCCAUCUUCUAUGGAUGGAUUCAUCACCGAGCAGCGAGCUUCUUACGAAAAAGACAACUUGAGCCGUGCAGCGGAGGUGAUCGACUACUUCGCUCCUGAACACAUCCCUGUCUUCCAGGCACUGGCAGAGAACUUUGUGCUCUUUGAUCGAUGGUUCGCAGCUGUUCCAGGUCCUACUAAUCCCAACAGAGCGUAUCUGACCUCGGGCACUUCGCACGGCCACGGCAUGAACGACAACACUUUCCUCGUCUCGGGCCUUCCGCAAAAAUCCAUCUUUGAACAGUUAUCGGAGAAGGGAAUCAGUUGGAAAAAUUAUGAGAAUUCUACAAGGUCAGAUCCGCCAUUUUUGCCUGACGCUCUCUUCUACGAAUGGACUGCAAAGUCCAACGUUGGCAAGAGCAAUGUGUUACCGAUCGAGCGCUUCUACCAGGAUGCGAGGGCUGGUAAACUUCCCCAAUUCACCUGGAUCAACCCAGAGUGCUGCAACUAUAUGUCGAUGCACCCACCCUCUCCAAUCAAUAUGGGCGAAAACUUCGUGAAGAGCGUGUACGAAGCUGUGCGCAACUCUCCCCAAUGGAACGAAACUCUGUUUAUCCUGACGUGGGACGAGCACGGCGGGUUUGCUGACCAUGUGCCUCCGCCCACUGACAUCCCUGCUGGUGAUAGUUUGACUUAUACGGAGCGAACUCCCGAUGGGCGAGACUACACAUUCCACUUUGAUCGCUUGGGGGUCCGUGUUCCCACGAUCCUUGCUUCUCCGUGGGUUGAAAAGGGGCUGGUUCAAAGUAAGCCCCCUGAGGGAGAUAACGAAUUCACGCAUACCUCAAUUCUGAAAUUUCUCUGUGAACUGUGGGACUUGGAGAGUCUGUCUCCCCGCGUGGAUUGGUCGCCAUCAUUUGGUGAUCUAAUUACCUCCGAGUACCGCCAAGACACCCCUCAGCAGUUGCCGGAUGCUGCUGACUUUUGA